AGAAAAUGCACAAGAAAAUUUGAACAAUUUUUGUAACUACUAGCCUCGAUUUGGCUUUACUUCCGGCUCCGUUUCCGGUGAGAAAAGUUUUUGAGGAAGAACUCCCGGAAGAACUAGAACAAGGGGAUUUAGCUCUACACAUCAGUGAAACGGGUUUGGUCACCAGUUGAGAAACAAAUUCAACAAUUAUGUAGCAGAAGUUCCAAAAAUUACAUGCCAAGAUGAGCCAAAAUGAGAUUGUUACCAUAAAUAAUCUCUAUAACAAUGAUUACCAUGAUGGUGAUAUCAGUAAUGCUGAUGAAGGCCCGGGUGAUAGAAAUGAUAGAGAGAAAGAUGGAAUACAUAAUGCCAUUGAGGAAUUUAACGUUACUCCAAAUAUUAUAUCAACUUGCCUCAGUGACAAUAGCAUGAAUAACUGUAAUGACAAUGGUGAAUGUGAAAGUGAAGCUGGUGACUCUCCAACAGAUGAUAUGAAGAAUGUUGAAGCACAAGACGUUGAAAAAAUUAUUGGAAGUCUUAAUGCUGAAAACAGGGAUGAUAUGAUUGACAGUUAUCAAAAGAAUCAUGACACCAUUGAUGGCAAAACAUUACCUUAUCUCAAACAAAAUGAUUGUGAUAAUGAACUUCAAAUAUUAACAAUAUCUGCUAUUGGUAAUCCUUCGAUAGCAGCAUUAAAUAAUAAUGACAAAUCCAAUGAAAUUUCUGAAAAAUGUACAUAUAGUUGUCCGACAGAAAUCUCUACCAACCAAUCCUUUGAAUCUGCGGAAUGUGGUAAUGAUGAGACCACCAUUCCUGAAAAUGUUGAGACUACUGAUGAAAUCCAUAAAACCAUGAAUAGUGAACAGCCAAUUGAAUUGGACAAUUCACAUGAUGGGAUUUUAAGCAAUGACAAUAGUGAACACUCAACAUGCUCAGAAACUACAGAAGACCAAGAAAAAUGCACUGAAACUGAAGGAACAAAUGUGAAAAGACCUAAUGAUGAUGCAAUGGAAUCUAUAAGCAAUAAUGAAGAUAUCAUUAAACCCACAGCUGGCAUAAACAAUCAGGCCAAAGAAAGGGGGAGACAAGGAGUGGAUAAUGAAUUGAUUAUUAAACAAAAUGGUGUCUUUAGAUGUAAGAUUUGUGAAAAAAAAUACACUUUACAAGCAAACCUAAUUCGUCACAUACGUGAAAUUCAUGAGAAGAAAACACGGAUUCGAAAAACCUCUCAAUAUGUAUGCAAGAUUUGUCAAGCAACAUACAAGUAUCGCCAUCACUUGUCUCGUCAUACUGAAAUGCAUAAAAUGCAUGACAACAAUAUGGCAUUCAAAUGUGACAUUUGUGACAAAACUUUUCUUUCAAAGGACUAUCUCAGAAGACACAUGAAAUGUAGACAUCUUGGUUUCAAAAAACAAGUCAGGGUCAAGAAAGAGUGUCCUUGUCCAAACUGUGGGAGAAUCUUCAUGAGGAAAGAUGUCAUGUUGAAGCAUAUGAGACGCAAUGCUUGUGCAAAGCGCUAUGGAAAGGGCCAAUAUAAUUUGCCUAAAAGCCAACAAAUUCAAGGUUUUCUUUGCAAAGUUUGCAAGGUUGAGUUUCAUGAAGGCACAGAUCUGUACAUUCAUGUCAAUAUGACCCACUUGGAAAAUAAAUACAAAAUGGAACUAGAAAAGGAUCUGUUACAGUGCCCAUAUUGUGAUAAAAAGUUCAGCCUCAAUGUAACUAUGGGUGAGCACUAUAUAGCAGCUCACAUUGGAAUUAUGUACCAGUGCCUUCUCUGUAAAAAAAGUUGGCCAUACAGGUCAAGUUCACGCCGACAUUUUCUUAAGGAACACAAUCAAGCAUUUGAAAAACUAUUGGUAAGACAAAUCUACAACCCAAAGCUUAAAAAGGAUCUAGAAAAAAUAAUACCAGAUAAACGAAUCAGAGUACGAAAACACCCUAAAUAUAAAUGUAAGUUUUGUCCAAAGAUUUUACACAGAAAAGAUUCAUACGAAAUGCAUCUUAAAAUGCAUGAAGUUAAGAUGAAAAAUAAACCAGAGACCAGUUUUGAAGACUCUCAUAAAACAUUCCUCAUUGAUCCUGAGGAUUGUAUAUUUGGGGAACAUCAAGAAAACCAAUACCCAAAGAGGACUAAAUUAGAGUCAAGUAGCGAGGAAUCAGAAAAUGAUUCUCAAUUUGAAUAUGAUAGUGAGAUGAGUAAUAAUGAUAAUGAAAAUACAAGUGAUGAAGAUGAUAAUGAGUUAUAUCAAAACAAAACAACAUUACGACACAGAAAGAACAAGAAUGAAAAGGAGAUGUCAAUAUCACAGAAGCACAAACAUUACAAUCAAGAUACUACCAAGACUAAAAGAUCACUAAGGCUCCACAAACCUGGGACUAAAAAAGGUAAAAGAACAACAAAGCAUGACAAAAAUGAGACUCAAAAGGGUAAAAGAACAACAGAGCAUGACAAAAAUGAAAGUUUAAAGGAUAAACGAACAACAAAGCAUGACAAAAGUGAAACUAAAAAAGGUAAAAGAACCACAGAGCAUGACAAAAAUGAAACUGUAAAGGAUAAAAGAACAACAGAGCAUGACAAAAAUGAAACUAAAAAGGGUAAAAGAACAACAGAGCAUGACAAAAAUGAAACUGAAAAGGAUAAAAGAAUGACAAAACAUCACGAAAAUGAAACUGUAAAGGAUAAAAGAAUGACAAAACAUCAUGAAAAUGAAACUAAAAAGGGUAAAAGAACAACACAGCAUGACAAAAGUGAAACUGAAAAGGAUAAAAGAUCAACAAAACAUGACAAAGCUAGAACUGAGAAGAACAAAACAAGAAAGCAAGACAAAACUAGAACUGAGAAAGACAAAAGAACAUCAAUUUCAAAGCAUCACCAACAUGAAACUGGAAUGGAUAAGGCAGCAUCAACACAUCACAAUCAUCGUAACAAUAAAGAUGAGACAUCAUCACUGUGUACAUGUAGCAUACACCAGAAUGUACUACAAGGAAAACACAAAGAGACAUAUAAUACUGUGUGGGGAUCGUCCUCUGACGAGGAUAUCUCUGAUGAUGGUCUUCACAAUGAAGAAGCUUAUGAGGAUAAUGACCAAUACAAUAACAGAGAACUCAAUCAUGCAAGUCAGAGACUAAUCCCUAAACAGGAACCUGAAUUUGUUGAAUCAAUUAAUUCAAAUACAAAAGGAACUUCUCAAAUAUUUCAAAAGCAAUUGAAAGUACAAGUUAAACGCUUCAAUGUCAGUGAAAUUGGAGAUUCAAUGAAUUACAAAAGUAUACCUAAGCCCCUUUCCAAAGCAUUUCCGAAACAAUUGAAAGUACAUGUUCAACGCCUGGAUCUCAAUCAAAUAAAAGAUGCAAUGGCCAAAGGGAAAAAGAAAAAAAUUAGAAAUAUAACACAGAAAGAUUCUCACAAAAGUCAACCCAAUAAGUUCAGUGAUGAUCACACUAAUGGGCACAAUGAUGAUGACGCUGAUGAACACAAUCAUGAUAACACCAGUGAACGUAAUCAAGAUAACACCAGUGAACAUAAUCAUGAUAACACCAAUGGACACAAUGACGAUCACACAAAUAGACACAAUAACACUUGGCAUGACAAACAUCAAGAUGAUAAUGUUGCUGUAGAAAGACAACACAAAGAGACAUAUAAUACUGUCUGGGGAUCAUCCAGUGAUGAAGAUUCAUCCUUUGAUAACAAUGAACAACUCAGUGACCAGCAAAAUUUGAACUCUCAUGUAAGCUAUAAUCAAACAAGAAAUGACUCCCAACCUAAUCAUUCAGGUUACAUUCAUAGAAACUUUUUUGAUCAACUUGAGUAUGAUCUGAGUAGGGUUAAAAGUGAACCAGUUGAUAUGUAG